UCUUUCUUAGAUCACCCCAAAUUCAUUUCCCCAGAUCUCGCCCAACCCGCUCUCAACACACGUCAAUCUUUCAUACACCAAACCGCAGCAAAUCCAACACAAUGCCCCAUCAAAGCACCAUCCUAAUUAUCGGCGGGGGACCCGUUGGCCUCUUCCUCGCCCUCCGCCUCGCUCAAUCCAACAUAUCCGUCACGCUUCUAGAAGCCCACUCCUCCAUCCCCGCAGACACGAAAGCCAUGACCCACAUGCCCGCCGUCUUCCCCGAGUUCAAAAAAGCCGGAGUUUACAAUGACCUCGAGAAAGCUGCCAAAGGCCUCACAAACGGCAAGAUCUGGUUCCGCCGCGGAUCCGACAAGUCCAUUAUCGCCGCGCCUCCUGCAGUAGCCAGUACGCCUGGACCCAUGACAGUCCCACAGCAGAGAUUCUGCGAAAUUCUGGCGAAACAUCUGGGGAGGGUGCCGAAUGCGAAAGUGCUUAUGGGACAUAAGGCGAAGAAUGUCAACUUGGAGAAAGACUCGGAAAGAGUACAAGUGACUGCCGAGACAGCCUCUGGAGCCACUGUAGAGUUCGUGGCCUCGUGGGUCAUCGGUGCAGAUGGCGGAAAGAGCAUUACGCGUCGGCUCGCAGGUAUCGAUAUGCAAGGUGAGACGCUGCCGCGCCAGCUCGUCUCUACCGAUGUCCGUUAUCCAUUUGAGUCGUACGGGUGGACUGGGGGGAACUUCCUGGCUGACCGAGAGAACUUCGGGCUGAUCGGGCCCAUCACGGAGAACGGGCUGUGGAGAGUCUCGUUCGGUGUGCCUGCGGACUAUACGAACGCGGAUAUUGAAAAGGUGUUGCCGAGGAAGUUCGAUGCCAUGUUUCCUGGACCGCGGCCGCUCAAUUACAAGGUUGAGCGGUGUGCGCCCUUUGGAGCACAUCAGCUUUGCGCAGAGAAGAUGAGGAAGGGGCGCGUCUUGCUGGUUGGAGAUGCGGCACAUCGUAAGCUCAAUCUCUUCUUUCAGCUUUGUUGAUACUAUUAGGCAAUUUUGACUAAAUUCUUCUUCAAGUCACAAAUCCAUACGCAGGUAUGGGCUUGGCGUCCGGCAUCCUAGACGCUUCGAGCCUUACCGACGUACUCGUCUCACAUCUUCAGCAUGGUGCUGAUGAGAAGGUCCUGGAUGCGUGGGCGCAGGCGCGUCGAGAUAACUUCCGCAAUGUGGUCG